AUGAGAAAAUGCAACACCUCGGCUCUUUAUCUAAUAGCUUUAGCAUUCGCGGAUAUAUCUUUUCUGGUGCUGCUUGUGUUCUAUGAGUUGCAGUAUCCGUGGAGGAAGAGUGUGCUCGAUCUGUUCAUUUGGUGCUCUGUGUGGAAUCUCCUGUACAUGAUGACGCAGUAUAUUAGUGUUUUCCUGGUUCUUGGAUUCACCACUGAGAGAUUUCUAUCCGUUUGUCACCCCUUUCAGUGUGAACGCUUCUCCAGGACGUCCAGAUCAAGGAACAUUAUUAUCGCUAUACUUAUUGUCUCAUUUUUAUUGGCAUUGCCCCAGGGGUACUUUUGGGACGUUGAUCCUCAUAGUGGAGAAUGUCACCUUCGGGGGAAUGCUGACGCAACCUCUGAGACAUCUUUGUAUACCAUUUGGAAUUGGAGUACGGAAAUCAUUAUGUUUGGGGUGCUGCCCAUAAUUGUUUUAUUUUUAAAUAUAUGUGUCUUAAGACAAAUCAAAACUGUGGGUAAAUUAUUCAUCAGUGACUCGAUCACACGAAAUGCACAUUCUCGUUGCACCAGCACAACGGUAACAUUGCUGUGGAUUUCAUUUUAUUUAAUCUUUACAAAGCUACCUGUGACCAUUUCUUUUGUGAUUCAAUACAAAAUACCUUUAGGAGGACCAAUGACUAUGGACGAAAUGAACAAAGACCCAACAUGGCAAAACUAUUUUGCGUAUUUCACAAUUAGAAAAGUUAUUGAAGAAAUCGGAAUUUCUCAUCAUGCGUGUAACAUUUUUAUAUAUGUUGCCACUAGUAGUCAUUUCAGAAAGCAUCUUAGAAUUUGGUUCUUUGAUUUAGGACAAUGUGCUAGUGCUCCUGAAGAGGAAUCUGCCAGGUCGCCCAGACCUGUUCAGUUAAUUGGAGUUGCUUAA